CCUUUGUGAAAAGCACAGGCAGCAGAGCUGGUAGCCCUAACAGAGGCAUGCAGAUUGGCUGACGGUAAAACAGUUAACGUUGGCAGGGUCCCUACCAGGUGCUUCUGGUUACUCACACAGCUGUCAAGGUAGCUGAAAGAGCCACGUGGAUCCACGCCAGCCACUGCAAACGGGUUCCUCGGCCGAGUGAACCCCCACAGGCACCGACUACAACCAAGGAAGCAGCUUCUGAUAAAUAGGCACAUAUAUGACCAUAAUAAAGUCAUAUUUGUGACCAGAUAUACUUCGUUGAUUCAACACAGGACAGGUGUGAGCCAAGCGGCGCCUUGGUCCUGCUCCGCUGAAAACACAAACACACACACUGAUACAAGCUCAACGUGACGUGCAAACGCAGUUCUUGUGUCACCACCAUGGGAUCAACACACUCCAUCAUGGAACGACCACGACCAUGGCAUCCAUUCCGUCGUCUGGGCUGUGGCCUCAGGGCUUCAUCAUGUAUCCUACGGUUUGUUCUGUAAUCAUUGUAUUCACCAUCCUUUUCCUGUGUGAACCAGAUCGUAAGAAGCCCACAACCUCUGCUGACGGUAAUUUUACAUCAGGUAACACAACCAACCAUACACACCUGAGGCGUUUUGCGGUUCCGGACUCACAGAUCUCAGGUCUGGGAGACAAUUUGUGGUAUCAGACUGUCCGUUCAUUGGUUCGCAAGGUUACUAAUACUAGUUGUUAUGCUUGCUCUCUCUUGCCUCACUCGUCGAAUAGUGCCCCUUUGGUACCUGCUCCCUUAAACAAAAUAGAAACGCUCUCAGUCUUAGUUGCCAUGACUGGCUCAGGUCCCUACACAGUAAAGAACAUGAUACGAUAUCGCGACUUGAUAAACGAGACAACGUUCGACUAUGAAAACCAUCACAUAAGAAACAACAUUUCCAUGUAUUCCAACGUCACCAAAGUGAUGUUGAGCUCGCCAUUGAUUAAUAUACCCGUACCACAGUCGUACACUGCUGAUGUAUGUUUCAGUCGCGCGUGUGCUAACGACUCGCUCAACUUAGGUAUGACCGGUUCCUGCGAACAAACUGUUAAGUCUACCUGCUCUGCUACCAGACGAGAAAAUGGCCUUUCUCCUUGUCGUAACAAAGAGAACACACCAUAUAUAGCUAGAGCUAAUCUAACCAGUUCACCGCUCAAGGAAAACACUACCUUAGCCACAAAUCCUACUGUAUUGAUUCCAAAUUCAGAUGGCUAUAGUUGCCUGACAUCACACGUUUGGGUAUGUGGCUCCGGAGUGUAUCUUAUUCUCCCACCAAGAUGGUGCGGGGUUUGUCAGAUGGCUAUAGUUGCUUCCAAACGUUAGAAUUACGAAAACCAUCUCUUAUCACAGUAAAAAGUCGUAUUCACAUUAUUUUCCUCACCAGCAGCGUGAACGCAGGUCAAAAAGAAAAGAGAACCGUGAACGAAUCUCGAGUGAGGUGAAAUUCUUAAGCGGUCUGGUUCCAUGGUGGGGAGCGACAAAUAAUGCGCAUGAAAUCGAUAGAUUAGCCCUUGAGAUAGAGAAUCUAACCGCGGAUGUAACUAUUGGCUUUGCGAUGCUUACUCCUGAAUUACAGGCUCUCAGAACAUAUGCGAUCCAAAAUAGAAUGGCACUGGACCUUCUCACUGCCUCCUCGGGAGGUGUGUGUCAUAUAAUUGGAACAGAGUGUUGUACUUAUAUUCCAGAUAUAAACGACAAUCUCACUCACGUUGUCCCCCACCUGAAUACUCUGUUAAAUGCCGAGUAUGCCGCAGACAAGUCCAUUCCUCAGGGAUGGGACUUUUUGUCUUGGCUAAUGAGCUCAUGGCGCUCACUGAUGUGUAAAGGAGCUAUAAUGUUGUUACUGUUUUUCAUAUUGUUGACUUGUGUCCUUCCCUGUAUCAGAUCUAUGGUCUCCAGUAUGAUCUCACGAACGAUGAUACAGUAUACUGCUUUGAAUGAUAACCCUGAACCUUGUAUUCCAUAUGAAAUUCCAAGUGACACUGAUGACAGUGACCGGGAUGAAGAAACCAGUGCAUAAUUAACUUGUUAUCCCCGUUGCUUGCUCUAAAUACAGUAUUGCUGACAAUACACAAAAACAGCUAAAUGCAUUUCCUGACUGUAGCAUUAUGAUAAUAUAACUUGAAUCCUCUCGAAUUGUUAUAUUUGAUCUGAACUUGUUCAGCUACAGCUCAUGUGUAUACUAUGUUUGAUCAAUAGAAUGAUCAAAAGGGGGGAAUGUAAUGGCAAAUUUAGGGUUUAGUUAUUCUGUGGGAAUUCUAUGGUUUUAGUUAUACUGUGAGAAUUCUGUUAUGUUUUAGUUAUACUGUGGGAAUUCUCACAGUGUAUGUGUGAAGAUAUUAUAUUCGCAGGCCAGGUGUAGGGAGGUGUUUACUCUCCUUUUCCCAGGCGCCAGUAGCCUUGAUCACCCCACUUGUGUUGUCCCUUAUAUUCAGAGUGUGAAGCUUUUCUCACCAGUGCACAACUGUUUGUGUUCUGUGUGAUCCUGUAAA